GACGGCCUCGCUCUGUUUUGUAAACAAAAAAUCUGUACCGCAGUUCCAGGGAUGGGCAUCUUUUGACUCGAGUGACUAAAGGAAAAAAAAAAUCAAUGAGCACGCCUUGCUAAUGUCGACUGAGGCACUCCUAGGUGGGGUGCGGGCGAGCCGGAGACAAGCUAAUUCCUGAACGGGGCUGCGUCCAGAGCUGACUUACUGAGGGAGGAGGGAGGCGGCACACAAGCAUACCGGCUGCGAAACAUGCGGCAGUGACAUUCGAACUAGGGCAAAGCAGACGAGCAGGAAAAGAGGUACCGACGAGCGUCCGAGGAAAGGUCUGCAUCUGUGGAGGCAACAGACAGGAAGCAGUCAUGAGCUACACCUCUGGUGGAUCUGCGAACGGCUCUCCUGUGGGAAGCCUUACUGGACAUGGCAGGCUCAGCGCUAAAGCAAUCUACGAGCAACGGAAGAAGUAUUCGAGUACAAACUUCAUCAUGGCUGACACCUCUCAGUACUCUGUUAAUCAUCUAGUGACUUUCUCAAUUGACCCCAAUGAGAAUGUGCGGACAGUGGAGGAUGCACUUCGUAAUCUGUCUGCUAUGGAUGCCAAGGGUAAGAUCUGGACACAAGAAAUGCUGCUGAAGGUGGAAAGUAACAAGAUCACACUCAUUGACGUAGAAUCUAAGGAUGACUUGGAAACCUUCCCCCUAACUACAGUGCAGCGCUGUGAUGCCAUUGAAGGAGAAAAGCGCUUCCCUUCACUGUUACUACUUGUUUCUCAGGAUAUGACACAGCAGAAGCCAGAUGUCCAUUUUUUUCAGUGUGACAAUGUCGGGGCCAGACUCAUCUGUGGUGACAUCAAUGGUGCCAUCUCCGAUUUCAAAUCUGGGAAGAAUGCCAUGAGGCCCAAUGCCCUGAGGUUCAGCCAGGAGAAGAUGGUAGAACAAGCAAAAUCUCCCCCCAAGCAUGCUUCUGUGCCCCAGGUCAUCCAGCCAACUGUGAUCUACAGCCAAGUACAGAAAAACCCUGAGAAAAAAAAGUCUACCCCAAGCUCUAUGGGCCCUGUUGGGUCUCCUGCAGAGAAAGUGAAUGGUGUUGUUCCUGCCCAGAAAGACUUAUCAAUAAUCCGAUCAGAGAGGGAUGUGGAAAUCCUCAAUCACAUUUUUGAUGACAUUGAACUCUUCAUGGCAAAGCUGAAGAAAUCAAAAGAAGCAUUGCAAGUUCUUGACCAGCGUAAAAAAUCCAGGAAAUCUAAGAGAAAGGAAGCUGGAGAGGGAUUACUGACAGUGAGAGCACGUCCCCCAAAUGAAGAAGAGUUCUUCAGCACAUUUCAGAAGUUCAAAUAUGCAUUUAGUUUGCUGGCAAGAGUGAAGACAAAUAUUAUCAACCCAAAUUCUCAGGAACUUAUCCAUUUCUUGUUUCAACCAUUAGAAACAAUAAUAAACCACUCUGGUGGUCCUUCCAUGGCAAGCAGUGUUGUAAACCCCCUAUUGACAAAUGAUGCCAUUAACCUCAUGCAAGACACGCUUAACCCAAAGGAAAUGAACCUGUGGAAAUCAUUAGGGGACUACUGGACCAAACCCAGGUCAGAAUUCCCAAAGAAUUCUAGUAUUUCAGCCUAUUUACCAAAAUUCACAAGUGGCUGGGAGCCAUUGCAGUUAGAUCCAGAUGGUCAUCCCUGGGAAGACUCAGUAGAGCUGCAGCAUAAACAUGAAGAACUGCGUUUGCAGCAAUCUAUGGACCAGGCUGCACAGCCACCAAUCACAAAUGGACUUCAGGAGAUACCCGAAAAGCAAGUGUUCUGCACCUAUGACUUUGUGGCCCGGAAUAGCAAUGAACUGUCUGUGUUACAGGGUGAGCAUCUUCAGGUGCUCGAUGAUUCCAAACGAUGGUGGAAGUGCCAGAACCGCUAUGGCCAAAUCGGUUAUGUUCCUUUCAACAUUCUUGAAGUUGUGCCUCCUGGGCAACUUAAAAAUCGCACAAAUGUGGAGAGGGAUGACCCAGUAGCAGGUCUGAAGAAAACGCCACCACCAACUCCACCAAAAAAGUCACAUCGUCCCCACAGUAGCUCACAGGGUAGCUGGGACUCCACAGAUGGCCUACCACUUGAUCAAAAGGACAAAGACCGACAGUCCCAGAUCGCAGUAAUGAAUGAUGAGCUGCUGCAACAAUUUUCUAAGCGAAACACUGUUCACACAAAACAACUUCAUAUCCCCAAGUCGUUGGACACGAAUGUGCCGCUAAACUACGAGUCAAACCCAUCUGAUGUCAAGAACUGGCUGCAUGCCAAGGGCUUUAGUGAAAUAACGGUCAACUCGCUGGGAAUUCUGACAGGAGCACAGAUAUUUUCUCUCAACAAAAAUGAACUACGCACUGUUUGUCCAGAGGAGGGCGCCAGAGUUUAUAGCCAGAUCAUGGUGCAGAAGAGACUGCUUGAGGAUCAAAAGCUGGCAACAGAACUUGAAACUGUAAUGAAUAAACAGAAGAAAAAAGUAGAUGAGAUGACACAAAGCGGAAUUCUCUAAAGUCUAAGUAAAGGGGACUCUGCUGUUUGUAUAUUUAUCUCUAUUUAUAUAUAUAUAUAUCUGGAGAAAGAACCAACAAAAAAGCAACGCUAUAGGAUAUCUCAUCUGAAAUCAUUAUUUUGAUAUAAUCCCUGCAUGAUGCUUUGGGAUGUUUAAUCAGAUCUUUUAGUAAAUGCAUUUGAAUCCUGUUGCUGGGAAACUUUAGCUGACUUUAAAAUCCAUUCUUGUUGGGACUUUUAAAGUUUUAAGAUACUUAGAUUUCUUGACGGAUAUCUUUUUAUUAGUUCUUUUCUCCAGGUUUUGCACAAGUAUUUUCCUCCACUGUUUAUAUAAACCCAGCUGUUGCUGAUAUUGCCCAACUAUUCCAGUUGAAUUGACCAGUAAAGUGCAUUAUGGGAGACAGCAAGGAGCUUGUUCCCAGUAUAUUAAUAAAUGUAUAUAAACCCAAGUGAAACAACAUUCUCAUUUCAAAUUGUAUGGUUCCCUCCUUCAUGUGUUGCAACAUUUUAUUUAAAUUUCUGCGUUUCAGUUUCAUGGUUCAGGUAAUAGAUGGCCGAGUUCACUGAUCAACUUGCAUACUGGUGGAAUUCAGUACCUUUUAUAAAAGUGCUAAUAAAUCUUAGAGUUUUGUAAACUGUCAUUAAAUUACCUCCUAACCUUCCAGAGAGGACCUAUCCUGUUUGGCACAGUUGUGGUCCUAGAAAGCUUCCUUAGGCUGUUGUUUAAUUUCAUCCAACCUUGUCAGGCUUACACUUGUGUCCGUAAGGUACAGUUGUAACGCCUUCCUAAUUGAGCUGCUGCUUUUACAGUAUAUGACGGUUGGGUCUGCCGCAGGCUGGCUGGAGCAUUUAACUCGCCUGUCACUCUGUCUCAUUGCUCCAUCACUUGUUUUCUCCUUCUUUCCUUGUGGCUCACAAUUUCAUCUGAAGGAAAUCUGAAGAAAAACAAAUUUCACGAGCCAGAAUUAUGAAGGUUUCUGCUAUGCAGGUCUUUUGGGAAGACUGAGCAGAAAAUGUGUAUAGGACUUCAAGUGCGUUGUCUUUGUGCAGCUUGUGCAGUGGCCAGCCUUAAAUAUCUGAACUCGGCCUGAAAGUGUCUGAGUAGACAGCUUCUUGCAUGUAUCUGUAUGUCUGAAUUGUAUCGCAGUAUGUAUUGCUAACUGACUGGCACAGACAGUAAGUAGUAUGUAUGUUCAUCCAUCAUAUACACAAUGGUGGCAUCAGACAGUACAACCAUUAAACCAAUGCUGGAGUGUUCAUAAUCAUUUACAUAUCCUAGUAGCCGACAAAAUGCCGAAGACUAAACUGGAAGAACCAACACUGAUUAGCAGAGGCAGUUCACUAGAACUGGAACAAUGAAGUACUGGUGCAAGUGUUACCUACAGGACGCUGUGGUCAAAUAGCCAGGGAGGGCAGAAAAAGUAAAGAAAAAAACCCCAGCUGGUGAGAUGAUGGAGGACCACAGGGGUUCUAAGGGGAAAAAAAACAAGUAUACUGUAUGUGCACAAGUAGUUCCUGCUGUUUUUACACCAGAAGGUGCAAUACAGUGGGUCUCCUCCACAAUUGGAGUGUCCAUAUUAAUUCCAACAUCAUAGGCUGCUGCAGAGAACUUUGAUCAGAUGGUGGUGACGCAAAAAAAUGGCACCACAGAAAACUGAAAAAGAAUUAACAAGAAAAGUAGAGAUUCAUAAUGUUUAGAUUUCAGGAGUGCCCUGCCUCUGCCCACUGCACCUUUUCGUAGUGCCUCUGCUUGGUUUCCAGCAGCCCAGCCAUCUGCACUCACUGUAAUAAUGUUCAGAGAUCACCCACCUUUAGGAGCUGGCAUGCAGCUUGGCACAGAGACUAAAGCAAUAAAUGUGAAAAUAGUUCAGUUCCUAUCUGUGACUUUGACAUUACUUGUGUUCCAUUUGUUAAAAAGUAUGAACAUUUGUACUGAUCUUGUAAGUUAUCUUAAAUAAAGGUGUCAGCCAUC